AUGGAAAAUCAGAAAAAUGUCACAGAAUUCAUUUUUCUGGGGAUUUGGGAAAAUCAGAAAAUAGACCUCCUGUUGUUUUUCCUGUUCUUGCUUUGCUACCUGGCAGUCCUUGUGGGAAAUGUCACCAUUUUCCUCUCCAUCACCUGCAGCCACCUGAUUGAAAAACCCAUGUACUACUUCCUCUGCCACCUUUCCCUCAUGGACCUGUGCUACACCUCCAGUGUGGUGCCCAGGCUCCUCAGGGACUUAGCUGCGGAGAGAAAAAGCAUCUCCUACAACAGCUGUAUGACCCAGCUCUUCACUGCUCACCUACUGGCGGGAGUGGAAAUAUUCAUCUUGGUGUCUAUGGCUCUUGACCGUUACGUUGCCAUAGUUAAGCCGCUGCACUACAUGAUCAUCAUGGACCGGAAGAGGUGCAAUGUGCUCAUUGCUCUGGCCUGGGGAGUUGGUUUUUGGCACUCGCUUGCACUGCUUCUCAUGGUACUCAGCUUGCCCUUCUGUGGUCCUAACCAGAUAAAUCACUACCUGUGCGACGUGAAGCCUCUUUUGAAACUUGUUUGCAAAGACAUUCAUGUUGUCAGUAUCUUGGUGAUUGCUAAUUCUGGGAUGGUGGUGGUUGUCAUUUUUCUUGUGCUGAUGGUUUCUUACAUACUCAUUCUCUAUCAUCUUAGGACAAGGUCAUCUGCAGGACGUCGUAAAGCCCUGUCUACCUGUAGCUCUCACGUAAUGGUUGUAGUUUUAUUUUUUGUGCCCUGUAUUUAUAUCUACAUGCUGCCUACAGGAAACGAGAGCAGGGACAAGGAGAUCUCUGUGUGUUACAUUGUGAUCGCUCCCAUGCUGAACCCUCUCAUCUACACGCUGAGAAACGUGGAGAUGAAAAUUGCCAUGUGCAAGGUUUGGUCUCAAAUUAAAACUCAUUCAAAAUUAAAGUAA